AUGGCUCUCCAAAUCGAUUUUGCUAUGCUUUUCUUUUCAGUUUUCUUCUUCGUUUCCCUCUCCGAAGUUCAAAGUGUAAGAACUUUCAACGUUAGGGAUUACGGUGCCGUCGCGGAUGGCCGAACAGACAAUCGAAAGGCUUUUAUUCGAGCAUGGACAGACGCCUGCAAUCGAAAUGGAGUUUCAAUAGUGUAUGUACCUAAAGGAGUUUACAUGUUGGGAGCAGUUGAAUUCUCCGGUCCAUGCAAAAGUCCCAUAAUAUUCUCGAUGAAUGGGCAUUUAAAGGCUCCAAUGGGAGCUUCAUCGGAUGCUGAAAACUGGAUUGGGUUUCAGUACCUGCAAGCAACUCAUAUCGGAUUCUUCGGAUGCAAUAACGUAAACGUGUCCAAUGUACAAAUACUCGCCCCAGAUGACAGUCCCAACACUGACGGUAUCAAGAUCGGCAGCUCGACACACAUCCGAAUUUUACACUCCAAAAUAAGCACCGGCGAUGAAUGUGUUGCCAUCCUCUCAGGGAGCUCGAAAAUUGAUGUCUCCAAUGUUCAUUGUGGCCCCGGACAUGGUAUAAGCAUAGGAAGCCUAGGCAAGUACCAAGGUGAAAAGAACGUCCAUGGUGUCUCUGUAAGAAAGUGCAUUUUCCGUAAAACGGACAACGGUGUUAGAAUCAAAACAUGGGAAUCUCCGAUUCAAGUUAUUGUUUCAAAUUUAUUAUUUCAAGAUAUUUUCAUGGAUAGAGUUCGGAACCCGAUCAUUAUCGACCAGACAUAUUGCCCUCUUUCUUCAUGCAAUCAACAGACGGCUUCUCCUGUUCAAAUCCGAGAUGUUACAUAUAGGAACAUGUGGGCACUUCACGUUCUCUGGUUGCUGUUUCCAUGGAUUGCAGCAAACGAUUCCCGUGCCAAAACAUCGUGA